GAGUUUCUACAAACACAGAGACGAUUCGCCUGUAAGUUAUAGACUAUGCCGGGGCUUGUGGACAGCGACGAAGAGUUUCGACCCGACGAUGCUCGAGUGGUUGACUAUGAUCCCUCUGAGGAAUUACCACUCAGCUUAGAUGCUGGAGUGAUGGAACAUUAUCUGGACGUCGGGCCAUCGUCCUUGCGCCAUGAUACUCUGAACGACCCCAAGUACGGCGGUGCUCGUAUAAGACGUGAUCAGUUGUCCGACGAAGACGAAGACGAGGAACCCCCUUCAAGCAGUGAAGAAGAAGGCUACUCUAUUUUGUCUCCUUCACGAGAUUCUGAAAAGCGUUCUGCACCUGCAAGAAAACAUCCUCCUCAAGAACAGACGGAUGCCACCCCUGCGACAGAGAAUAACGUCUCAACUCUACGAGUCGUAGGUUCUGACGAUCGAAACAAGGGUAAGGCGGUCACACAUCAGAUCGCAAUGUGGGAUGCACUGCUGGAUGCAAGAAUACGUUUGCAGAAGGCUCUCACAACUACCAACAUUCUAACAUCACCAUCACGUUUCCCCGACGUUUCCAGACAUCCUUCAGCAUCGCAGUCACUGAACUCCAUGCUUGACGAAGCGACCGCACUUUCCCGUGAACUUUUAAAACUUCAAGAAAGCAUCACCAAACGUGAUACUCUAUUCCCUUCCUCACCCUCCACCCCGGUUGUUGAGAAGUCCGAAUCUAACGCAGAAGCUAGUAUUUCUGCACUUUCCGCUGCUGAGUCUGCACGUGAAGCUUCGCAACACCAAGCUCUCGUUCAGACGUUGUCAAAAUGGUCAACGAAAAUCCAAGCUGCUCAACCCAGUUUCUUGCUUCCCGCGAAGUCGUCGUUCAAGAAUGCCUGGAAUAAGGAAGAGAACCAUCGACCACCCGGGGUGAUCCAAAUCAUCCAAGAAGACCUCAACGACAGCGAAAAGCUUCUCUCACGCACUCGAACACUUCGUAAUAACAAAGCCCGCACUUCCGCCUCCGGCGCGCCGGAGGACGGCUCUGCAAACAUCUUCGACGACACCGACUUUUAUCAACAACUCCUGCGAGACGUGAUUGACACCAGAGGUUCAGGCAUAGGCGAGGAAGAGAGUUGGGUAGCAAGGCAGCAUGCCAGGAAAGCUAAAAAGAAGGCGAAUGUAGAUACGAAGGCAAGUAAAGGGAGGAAGUUGAGGUAUGAGGUGCAUGAGAAAAUUCAACAUUUCAUGGUGCCUAUACCAGUCGUACAGGGCGGGUGGCAUGAGGAUCAGAUUGAUGACUUGUUUUUGUCGUUGGCGAUGUAUGAUGGAGAGCCGUGAGGGAGUGGUUAGAUGUUGCAUAUAGCUUACAUACUAUUUUUUGUGUCUAUCGCCAUACUGUCGAUUGGCACGUUCUCAUAUCAUAUAGACGUACAUGAUGAGCAAAUGAAUCAAUAAGACGAGGUUCGUAGCCUGAAACUACGUGUUUAAUGC